CACGUGGGCGAUUACACCCGGAAAAACGACUAGACUGUCAAAAAGACAAGAAGUCGAUUUACAUCGAAAAAGUCUCGGUUUUUUUUAUUUACGUUUAUCGUUUUUCUUGCGAUGAUAAAUGCGUUAAAAAGCGUCAGACUCAUGUCGUCGAGUUCAGUAAAGCAAGCAGUUUCCGAGCUCUCUGUGCCGGUCCCAUGGGGAGAGAUCCGGGGCAGAGUGUGGGGUCCUGAACACGGCAGUCCGGUUCUGUGCCUGCAUGGCUGGGCUGAUAACAGCGGUACCUUCAACACGCUUCUCCCUCUUUUACCCAAAGACUGCAGGUAUGUGGCCAUGGACCUGGCGGGUCACGGCUGCUCCUCCCAUCGUCCUGCUGGCGUUUUGUACUCCUUUCCCUCGUACGUGAUGGAUGUGCGCAGAGUCGUUGAAGCGCUGCGGUGGACCAAAUUCUCCAUCAUAGGCCACAGCAUGGGUGGAAACGUGGGUGGGUUGUUUAGCGCUCUGUAUCCUGAGAUGGUGGAAUCCCUCGUGCUCCUGGACUCCUUCGGUUUUUUACCCACACAGACGAAAGACAUUCCCCGAUUGGUGAGGCAGGGGCUGGAUGAGAUGAUCGAGUAUGAAAAAACCAUGGCGGACAAGAAGACAAGAGUUUAUACUUAUGAGAAGGCUGUUGAAAGGCUGUUGGCUGGAAACAAGAGUCUCACUGCAGAGUCGGCAAAAAUCCUUCUGGAGAGAGGUUUAGUUCCAGCUGAAGGAGGAGUGAUGUUCUCCAGGGACUUUCGAAUUAAUCUGAAAAAUGUAGUCCGCAUAGGUUUGGAGCAGAGUCUGGAGCUGCUCUCCAGGAUCCAAGCUUCUGUGCUGGUGGUGCUAGCAGAAGACGGCUUUGAGAGGAUGUUUUCUGAAACGGAAGAGAGAGAAUUUACGUCGGCACUUCUUCAAGCCUACAGGGACAGAAAUCAUGCCGUGGCCACGGUUCCGGGUAACCAUCACGUCCACCUGAACAAUCCAGAAAAUGUUGCUCCGCUCGUGUCGGACUUCCUCCAGACCAAAGUGCUUUCACUUUCAUCCCGACUGACAGAUGGUCAGAUUUCUAAGUUAUAGCAAACGCACACAAGCAUCAGUUUUUACUCAUAAAUAAUGCAAAGAUCAACAGUUCUCAUUAGAAAUAGUGAGUGUACUAAUAAACAAACGCUCUCUGGGUUCACCAGAUAAACCACUAUGAGUUUGGUAAGUUUCCGAGUCCCUUAACUAGUCAACCUUCUUUAGCUGCAAACGCGCAUUUAAUGGUCACGUGUUUUGUACUUGGAGCCUGAAAACGGUGGUAAAAACUAGCUACAUGUUUACGCUCGUCUACAUAGACUUUACACUGGAAGUAGCUGCUUGAAUGCGCGUUUCAGAGGGCAGUAUCUGCAAUUACAGUCAGUGCAAUUACCAGCUACAUUUGCUCGGACAGCUUAUUCCGAUUAAAGGUCAUAUUCUGGAUAAUAUUCUAAUCAAAGCGUUCAGAUGAGGUGAAUCAGCAGGAAUAUUUACACUUACAUGCUCACAUACUAAUCAGCAGAUGUGACAGAUGUGCUGUUGAAAUAACUUCUGACUUGUUUGGUGCUUUGUAAUAUAUAUUUUAUUUUAUUUGCAACUUAAUUUGAGAAAAAUACUCAAGUAGAUCCAAUGACACAUUUAAAUCCAGAUCCCCAUGGAGAACUUAUACAAAACUUAAAAAAAAAUAAUUUUGGUACAUUUUUAGCUAGCAGUCAAAAUCAGCUCAAACAGAAUUUAAAAAAAUGUUGGUCUGUGGUUGGAUUUAAAGGCCGUGUCACACAGCCACUACGUAUAUUUUGCAUAUUUUCCCCAGAUGAAAUUUCGGUCUUUUGUGAUACAUGCGUGAUAUGAGUAAUUCAUAAGAGUUUCUUGCGUUCGUCGAUGUUUCCAGAUGUCCGCAGAGGGUUUUGGCCAACGGGUCUUUACGUGUUCAAACUAUAUGGCCGGUCGAGAAUCACGCAGUACAGUUCGCUGGUUACAUUGCAGGGCUGGGUCAGAACAGAACCGCUUUUUCAAAAAUCUCUCCAAUAAAAGGAACAUUUUGUUUUAUUUUGGAUUAUAAUUUUGGUUUGGUGUGAGAUGGAAUACUUCAACAUUAAAAUGUCUCAUUAUUAUUCAGCACUUAAAAUAAGAGAAAAAUAUAAAAGCAUGUUUUGAUGUUAGUGGGGGGAAAAAAAGAAUUCUAUUCUGUUUUCAAAAUGAGCAUUUUAGAGCUAAAGUCUCAGCACAGCGGUGUUUGUGGUUGGCAGGAUCAUACUGCCAGUAUCUCAUGAUGGCCUCCUUAACAGGUGCAGAUGGGUGAGAAGAUCCUCAUUGUCUGGGGACCAGGUGUCUGCUGCUCAACAACCUGGAUAUAUUUAGGAAAAAACAUAAAAAUGGAUAACAGGAGCUGUCUGAACUUAUCAAAGUUUCUCAUUGUUGCAGAGUCAAAUCAAAGAUUAUUACAGUUCAAAAAAGAUUAGGAAAUGAAUAUUUUUAGUAUUUUUCUACUAUAUAAAACAAUAUACCGUAGUUUUGGUUUGCAAGUUAAGAAUUAUUAUCAAUUACAAAAAAUAAAUUGGCAAUUGGAAUUAUUUAAUAUUACGUUUUUUGUUCAAAACUUUUUUAUUUCGAUUUAUUAUUAAAGAUCGAUCAAAUUCAGCUCAAUUAAAAAUUGCUCACGUUGACUUUAGUUUUUUGGAAUUCUUUAACAUUUUUGAAUUUUAUAAAAAAAUAUCCCAAAUUGUUUAACUUAUUAAUCUUUAUGGUAUUUUGUAUCACUGUCAUUUUAUGCAGAUGAUACUGUGCUUAUGAAACAUGUUUCAAAGCAGAAACCCUUCAGCUUCAGUUGAUCUUCAAGAUCUGGUUUUAGCAUAACCCAUUUUGUAAUCUUUGUUUUGUGUGGAAUACAAAUGGUGCUAACGUGUAAAAUAUACACAAAGUGUGAUGGAAAGAAGCAGCGUUUUAUUUUCCUAUUUUUAAUAAAGAAACUCCAAACUA